AUGAAGCUGACGAGAGCCCAGUACAAAGAGAUUGCCCAGUUCCUAGCUCAGGUCCCCCCAACUAGACAUAGCCUGAGGGAACUGAAGGCGUGUUUCCCCAGUCAAUCACAGUCCACUCUGCUGAGCAUCUUCUCCCAGGAGUACCAGAAACUAAUCAAAAGAACACAUGCUACUCCAGAGGCAACUGAAGCUUACUAUCAAAGGUACCUGAAUGGAGUGAUCAGAAAUGCAGCUUCUUCUGUAUUAUUGGAAAUGGCCAAUGAGGUGGAUUUUGCCCCAUCACUGAUGGCUCGAAUAGUGUUGGAAAGAUUUCUACAAGAACAAGAUGGAUCAGCCCCUACCAAAACUCUUAUAAACAGUAUGCUGUGGGACCCUUCUCAGAUUCCAGAUGGAGUUCUAGCCAAUCAGAUCUAUCAGUGUACUGUGAAUGACUGUUGUUAUGGACCACUGGUGGACUGCAUCAAACAUGCAAUUGGACAUGAGCAUGAAGUCUUACUAAGAAAUGCUUUUGGAGAAAAACAUAUCUUUUUUAGCUGAAGAUCAGUUACGUGCGAAAGGUUAUGACAAAACACCAGACUUCAUAUUAGAAGUACCAGUUGCUGUAGAAGGACAUAUCAUC